AGAAGUUCUCCAUCUCUGGGGUGAAUCAGGUACAUCCUUGGAUUAUGUGAACCUCAACAGGACUUCAGCCUUGCCUGGUGUCUGGUAGCAGAGAGAAUAAGCUGUUAUUUCCUUGACAGACAGAAGCUAGAGAGCCCCCAAAAUAUGACAGCUAAAGCCUUGAGAAGCCAUUCACACAGGACAUCAGAGCAGUACUGAAAUAAUUCCAUUAAAUUUUGAUUUUUGUCCUCUGAAUUUUCUCAUGUUGGGCAACAUGCUAUUGGGUGUUUUAAGAAAGAUUCCUCUACUUCCCCCUUUCACUUCAUUAAUGCAACCAGAGAUAUUCAGAGAAGCAACUUACUGAACUCUGCCCGGCACUGCUGUGGACAGGCCCUGCUCUGGCGAUCUGGGCUGACCUGGCCUGUCUCCUAAGAACUCCUCCUCCUCCGGGCCCUGGAGCAGGCCUCCAUGCUGCUGUGGGCGUCCUUGCUGGUCCUCGCCCCAGUCAGUGGACAACCCGGUAAGUCCCUCUUUUCUGUUCUCUUUUAUGUCUCUAGAUAACCUAAUAACUAUCUUUUAUCUCAACUACUCGUAAGAAGAGGCCUUGUUAUCCUUUUCCUGAGGACCGAGAGAUGUGAAAAGGAAAAGCUGCCGUGGCAACUCUGAACCUAAGAACCAGGCAGUGUGGACGUCACUGUCUCGGACCAAACCCACCAUUGUGCUGCAUGAACACAGGGGCCCUGGAAUGUGUGUCACGGGGUCCACAGGAGGAGGAGGUGCCCCCCUGCCUGGUGUGGGAGGCUAGCCACUCCUGAUGCAAUGCAGGGGUCCUGGGAGGGAAAGGAUAGAGGCAAGCCAUUCCUUCAAAGGGGGAGGCUGGGUCUCCAACAACUUUGCCCCCAACCAUGUGUGACCAAUUUAUCCCAAGCAUCAGCAUACUAUGUAGACACUCUUUCCUGCUAUUAGCUCGAAUCAUGGUGACGCUGAGCCCCCCCCCCCAUAUCCUACUGCUCAGCAGAAAGCCCAGUCUGCUGCUGGGGGCCGCCUCACAGGUGGGUUGGCCAUCCCUGUGGGGACCUCCUGGAAGGCUGUCAUCCUGCCGGAGCCAGCAGGGCCCACAGCCCCCUGGCACACACCGUCUCUUGCAGUUUCUCAGUCUGCUGGCCUCCCCUUUGGUGCCGUAGACACAAACCGUUUCCCACACGUCGCUGCCUAACUGUGACAAGACAGCACUUUGCUAAUGGCUCUAGGAUGAGGAAAUGGAAUACAGAAAGUGUCGUAUGUCAGCUAUUAGAUACAGUUAAUCUCAGAGCCCAUCAGCUCUGUCCCAACCACAUGAAGGCCCUGAUAAGGUGUGACUCCUUGUGGUUAUGGGGCCACACACAGGAGGGGCAGCUUUCUCAGACCAAGAGCAAUCCAGCCGUCUACACCAAAGGAAGGGAUUCUUCUUCCCUCCUGGAGAAAACCUACUGCCCACAUCCUCUUUCCCUAGCCCCAGAUGCUUCCCAGGACAGUAGCUGGUGGGGAUUUCUAUUCCCUUCAGGAGAAACACAACUCUAUUCCCACUGGGAACACAGAGUACUCUGUCCAAACCUUUAAAGGAAAAAUGUUUUUAAAGUCUGCAGAGACACGUAAAAGUUUUAUAUUUCCAAACAGACAUUUAGCGUCUUCAUUUAAAACACUCAUUCAGGUUACUGGACAGUUUUUGCUCCCAGACAGAGAGAAGGCCAUUUUCUUUACAUUUGGUUAUAACUAAAAAGACCUAUUGGGGAAGUUCUUCCAGAAAAAGGUAAGAAUAUCUAAAAUCUGAAGUUUUAAAAAAGGCAAUUGCUUAUAAGCCCUUAAAUGUAGACAGUCCUUAUUUGAGCAAAAAAGGUCCUAAAAAGAAGGAAAUACACUCACAGUGAUUCUGUUUAAAAUUUUAUAGUAAACACCACACCCCAAAACUGAGGUUUUAUUUUUGAAAGGUAAUACACAUGGAGAGCAGGGAGAAAGCGUGGUGUCCCAAAGAAAGAGAAGGGGCGGGGGUGCCAGCCCUGAGGCCAAGUGGCUCACUGAUUUUAUGGGGACAAAGAGAAAGGAAAAAAUAAUUGUGAUCAUUGUGAGAAACCGCUGCACCCGUUCCUUUCUUUCUUCUUGGCAGCAAGACGGUAACAGAAGCCAAAACUGCGGCAGGAUGUCAAAGUCCAAGAGUUGGUCUCCUGCCUUUCUUUGGAGAAGGGACCAUCGCAGGAGGUGUGACUCUGUCCCUGAGAUAUGGCUGAGGCCUGAAACUGCUGCCGCCCAACCAGGGUCAUUCCCCCGCUGCCCAAGAAGCAGCCAAAAUGCGCAAUGCACAGCAUCAGCAGGUUUUGCGGCAGAGAAAGAGUCUUUAUUCCGCAUAGGGCUAAAUGGGGAGACAGGAGAAAUCUCUCAAAUCCACCUCCCCGAGAAUUUGGGAGACAGGGUUUUUAAGGAUAAUUUGACAGGCAAGGGAUUGGGCAAUUAGGUUCCUUAAUCGGGGCAAAAUUUAUAGGGGUGUGAAAAUCAUCUGCUUGUGUUGUUUCAGUCCCUGGGGUCACAAUUCCAGUUGAGUCAGUUCCUUGGUCUGGGCAGCUGGUCUGGCUGGGUCUAUCAAUCCACUGGAAUGCAGGGCCUCGAAGAUAUCUUAAAAAAACUACACAUAGGUUUCAAAAAGGUGAUAUUAUCUCUGGAGAAAGUUAAGAGUCUUUAUGGACACAGCUAUGGGGAGAAGUUAAGAAUCUUUAUGAACACCAGCUGCGUGGCUCUGGGGUAGCAAUUAUAGAGAAGCAAAACAGGGGGACAGGGACUAAUUAUUAUCAUUAUUUUUACCUAGGCCCUUACCACAGUUCUUGCCCUGCACCUCCUUGUUUUUGACUUGUGUGAAGGGCGGUUUCAAAAACUCACAACCUGCUGUUCACUCAGGAACUCUUGUAAAAACAGAUCCUCAAAAGUAAUUUUAAGAGAGUAAGAUUUACAUCUUUCCCAUCUAUUCGGCUUUUUUCAGAAGUCGUGCAAAAACAAAACUCCUGCAGGGUGCCUGUUAGUGAGAGAACUCACAGGAUUGAUCUUUAACUGUUACUAGGAAAUUGCGAGAUAAGAUAUUUUCCUGUUAAUUUUGUAAGGCCGCCCCUUGCACGAACCCAAAAGGAGUCCAGCCUAGCCACCUUGCUUCCGGCUCAGAGAGCCAAUUACAGAGAUGAGUAUUGCCAGGGAAGAAAGGGUUUUAUUGCAAUUGAUGUCAGCCAGGAGAUGGAGAUGUUUCUCAAAUCUGUCUCUCUGACUAAGGUUUGAAGUCACGGGGUCUGCAGGUGGUCUGGUUCGAGAGUCAGCUGUUGGUGAGGACGGUGAGUCACCAGGAAGUCCUGUGGAGAAGUUAGUUAAGCAAGAAGAUUAAAAUGUUUUAUUCAUGAGGCUUGACUGAUCUGAAAGUCUGCGAUGUUGGGGAGAGAACAAAAAAUAACUUAGGGGGGGGAGGUCAUUUUAUAAGGCCAAUUACAACACCUUUACAAACAGAAAUUGUCUUCGUAAACGAAAAUUUUCUAACCAAAGAAAAACCUGUGCUCUGUUUUUAGAGCUCUUCCUGUUUCUGGUGCUUCUCAAUGGCCUUUUGCUCAAAAUAAUGCGUAUGCCAAAGAAGCCAAUUUGGGGGUGGCAUAUUCUGGUACCUUGUACACACACACCCUCAUCUUAGAGAGGUAUCUGUAGCGCGAGGACCCUGGGUGGGAGUCCAGGAGAAAUGGCUUUUUACCAAUUAUCUACCUGAGGACCAGGUCUACCAGAAAAGGUUAGAGGAUUUGUGAGCCUCCCCUAUCAUCGAUUAAUGACGAGUAGAUCCUGCUAGGUUUGCUCUCUGAAAGGCCAAUCUGCUCCUGCAGAUCCCCCACCCCCCCAGCAGCUGAUGUACCCUGGGUUCAGGUGAGUACGCCUGGAGGCUCUGCAACCUGGGGAAACAGCAGCCCACCCUGGGGGCCUCUUAGGGGUUCUCCAAUGCCAGAUGCUCCAGUCUAUCCCAGACAAACCACUUUGGCUGGGACUGCAGACACCCCCACCUCACACCUAUUUCUCCUCUUCUCUUCAGCAACUGCACCCAAACCUGUGAUUUCCCUCCAUCCUCCAUGGACCACUGUCUUCCGAGGAGAGAGAGUGAAUCUGACUUGCAAUGGAUUUCACUACUCACCGCAGAAAACAAAAUGGUAUUCAUGGAAAAAAAUAGUAACAGACACCCCAGGAAACACCCUCGAGGUUCGCGCAUCCGGAGAGUACACAUGCCAGACGGGGGGGUCAACCCCAAGCAACCCUGUGCACUUGUUCUUCUCUAUAGAAUCCCUCAUCCUGCAGGCCCCAUAUUCUGUGUUUGAAGGUGACACGUUGGUUCUGAGAUGUCAGAGAAAGGGGAAAAAGAAACUAACUGCUGUGAAAUACUUUUGGAACAGAAAAAUUCUUUCUACUUUUAAUGAAAGCCGGGAUCUUCUUAUCCCACAAGCAAGUUCAAAUAAUAAUGGCGAUUACCAAUGCACUGGAACUGAGGACAAAAAUUAUGUAUUUAGAUCAAAUCGCAAAAUGAUCAAAAUUCAAGAACUGUUUCCACGGCCAAAGCUGAUAGCCACAGUCUCUCAGCCUACGGAGGGGAAUUCUGUGAACCUGAGCUGUGAAACACAGCUUCCUCCAGAGAGGUCGGACACCCCGCUUUACUUCGUCUUUUUUGGAGAUGACGGGGUCGUCCUGUCAAACUGGAGCAAGUCCCCAGAACUCCAGAUCCCGGCCGUCUGGAGAGAAGACUCAGGGUCUUACUGGUGCGGUGCUGAAACAGCGAGCGGUAGUGUCCACAAACGCAGCCUCCCACUGCAGAUCCACGUGCAAAGGAUCCCCGUGUCUGGAGUGCUCAUGGAGACCCAGCCCCCAGGGGACCAGGUGGCUGAAGGGGAGGUGCUGGUCCUUGUCUGCUCUGUGGCUGAAGGCACAGGGGACACCACGUUCUCCUGGCACAGAGAGGACACCAACGAGACUCUGGGGAGGAAAACUCUGCGCUCUCAGAGAGCAGAGCUGGAGAUCCCUGUCAUCCGAGAGAGCCACGCCGGGGGAUACUACUGCGCAGCUGACAACAGCUAUGGCCCCGUACAGAGCGGGGUGGUGAACGUCACUGUGAGAGGGACUCCAGGCAGCAGAGGUGGUGUAAUUGCUGUGGGAGCCACGGGAGGGCUGCUGGGCACCCUUCUCCUGGCUGUGGCUCUGCUGUUCUCCUGCUGGCACCGGAGGAAAUCAGAGACUUCCCUGGGUCCGAGCUUGAACCCACCAUCUCAUGCUUUGUCAGCCCUGCUGUCCACAGGAGAUGGUUUCCGGGGAAAUGAAACCAGGAGCCCUCCCACUGCUGGCCCAGCAGAGUCCCCCCAGUUCACCUGCCCCGUCCAGGUGGAGCUGCAGUCAUUGUACGGCAACGUGCACCUUGAAGAGGGAGACUUGGUAUAUUCUGAGGUCCAGACUAUUCAUCUGGGAGAAGAAGGGGAAGCCAGUAUCUCCAGGACACUUCCCGAGGACAAGGAUGCCUCAGUGGUCUACUCAGAGGUGAAGACACAGCUCCCGGAUAACUCAGCUGGAAAGGUCAUCUCCAAGGACGAAGAUACCAUGGAAAGUUACGAGAAUCUCCUACUCAUGCACCAAAGCCCCGGGCCCAGUGCAGUCCUCAGGGCCCCUGGAGUGACAAACUAGCUCCAGAUUUCCAAUUCUCCCCCACGUGCGUUCAGUCCCAGGACUUCUCAUUCGUCCCCUCUGAAGUGGUGACAAGAUGGCCUCUGAAAGAACUUUCUAGAAUGAUCCAGGAUCCACAAUUAAGAGAAGACCCUGUAUGAUUUGCUCUGGGCCUGACCUAAUGUGUUCCCUACGGUCUGAUUCAGGGAGGCAGGAUAAGGAGAGAGAAAGACUGCUUUUGAAAAACAGAAGCACACAUUUUAGGUGAAUUGGGAUUUGCACAGGAAUAGAAAAGACUAGGUGACCCAGAUCUCUGCUUGAUACAUUUAUAACCAUUGUCUCACUGGAGAAUCCAUGCCCAAAAUAUCUAAAUUUGCAUAGAUUGGUUUCACUGUGAGUGGCUGCACAGGUACUGCGCAGACAACGUGGAGCUCUUUCACUCCUGCCCACGCAGUUUACACUCAGGAUUCAGCAGCAGACAAAAGAAUCCACCCAAAGUGGUUUGCAGAGGGAGGCAUUUAAAAAAGGAUGUUGAGAGCUUUACAAAAAUCAUCAGAAGAUCUGGAGAAGCAGCCUCCAGGCUGAGCUUCUAAAGGCAAGAAGUAAUUAUGGUAAUGUCAUUAGGGACAAAGACUUGCAACAUUAGAGAAUAAAGAUAUAAAUAUAAAAUUUUAAAGUUAAAUAACAGCUCUGCAAACCUACAUUUGAAUUGGAAAUAUCAGCAUAAACUCAUUAUAAACUCUGCCUUUAAAAAAAAAAAAGAAGAUAUGUAUUUCUUAAGUCUCUCUACUGAAAAGGCCUAGAAAUAAUUACCAACCCAAUAGCAGUAAGCACUCCUUGCGAAGGCUGGAGUCUCUAAAUUCUAUCCCCUACUUAAAGAAAAUAGGGCAGCCUUUCUUGUACAAAUUGUGUCUUUGAGUUGCCAAAUAGUUAAUGUGAGAAAAAUUCUUCCAAGAAAUGAAUAGGGAUAAAAGAAAUAGGAAAACACUAUUUUGUUUGGAUGUUUCCUGCUAUAUAUAUUGGUUAACAUAAAAAAUAGACAGCCAACCAUUGUGUGCUUCCGGAUGGAAGUAAACACUACUACCUACAAAGUAUCCCUGCCACAGAUAUCUAAAUGGAAUCCAUCAAGUCUUUAGAUCUAACUACCUGUUUAUAGGAAAUACACAGGACAAAGAAACAUGUUAAAUAACACCAUGUGAUCGCAAUCAGAAAAAUGCAAACUGAGGAAAAAUUCUAUAAGACAACUGACCUGGUUUCUUUAAUAAAUAAAUAGCAAAAGAAAGAAAAAGAGGAAGGGAGAAAGGGAAGGAGGAAGAGAAGAGAAGAAGA